CUGAACGCAGCACAUCCCAGAUGCGGAAGUAGAGACAGAUGAAAAGAGACGUCUCUGACUUCUGGAAACUUUGCUGCUCUCAGCACAUUCAGACCUCUGCUGCUUACAGGCGUUAAUUUAAACCACGGCUGAGCCAUGGCCACGAUUCAGAUCCGGAAGUAUCAGGAUGACGACGCUGAGACAGCGAAGGAGAUCUUCACCUUGGGGAUGAGCGAGCACGUGCCUUCGUCCUUCGUGCACGUCCUGAAACAGCCGUUGACCCAGAUGGUGCUCAUGUGCAUGUUCUGCGCUCUCAUGACCAGCUCCAAGUCCUUCCUGUUACCCAUCCUCGCCAUCACCCUCAUCCUGGCAGCGGCCCGGCAGUUUGUCGUCUACAUGUUCAGCAGAUACAUCGAAACCUCCCUCAAGAAAGACCUCAACAACAUCAGCGAGACCUACCUGAAGGACAAGGACUCGUGUUUCUGGGUGGCUGAAGUCGAUGGUCGGGUGGUCGGCACGGUGGCUUGCCUCCCCGCUGAGAACGCGCCCGGGUGCUUGGAGUUGAAGCGCAUGUCUGUGCACCGCAGCCACCGCGGGAUGGGCAUUGCCAAGGCCUUGUGUCGGACAGUAGGUGAUUUCACUCGUGACAGGGGCUACGCAGCCGUCGUCCUGUACACGUCCGUGGUGCAGACAGACGCUCAGAGGCUGUAUGAGCACAUGGGCUACAGCAAGAUCAGAGAAUUCAUCAUUCCUGAGCUUCCGUUCAGAAUCAUGAACUUCACGAUGUUCGAGUACAGACUGGAUUUACAGAGAGAUGGGAAAAGUGACUGAGUGGUUGUAAACUGAGACACACACAGAGACUGUGUAACAUUCAAGGACCACAGUAUCGUCCAUUCAUCCAGCUUCUAGGUUAACUUCUUCCCAGCAUGCAUUACAGUUAAGCCAACCAAAUACUCAGCUCAGGUGAAAGCAUCCAUACGAGGUACUGUUUACUCCACACACCUGCAGUUAAAGGUUAGGCAUGUUCACUGUUGUUACAGAUACACACAGGAGACAGACUGAUCAUUUAUUAUCAAUGGAAAUAUCUGCUAUGUUCAUGGUCAUGUUAAAGGAAGACUUCGCCUCUCACAUGAGCAUUUGUAUAUCAGUUACUCACCCUGUGUUACACUGAAAUUAUGAAUUAAACUUUGUUUUUCUCGCAUGCAUCCAUGGCGAGCAAAUGAUCUAAAAACUGAGAAAACUCUCAAUGAACUGAAGUCAUAGGGGUCCAGUUGCGUUUACGACUCCCACACAACAUGUACAGUAUAAUCCAAGCCUCAUUUAUCCAGUUGUAUGCUCAGUACGACACAAACAGAGUCCUCUCUGACGGGGAACUAAACAGAAAGCUAAUGCCAGACUCCAUUGACAAAAGCAGUGAGUUUUUUUGAACACACGACUGGAUAAAUAAGACUUGGAUUGUACUGCACAAGUUGUGUGAGUCUGUAAACAGAUGAUUUGAAUGUUCUUCGCUCACCAUGGAGGCAUGUGAGAAAAAGUUUUCCAUAUGAACUCAGCCUAACACAAGGAGAGUGACUGAUACACACAUGGUCAUUUUGGGGGACGAAGUUUUCCUUUGAACAGUUUGUGUUGACUGAGUUUCUUAAAAGUCAUUUGAUUAUUUAAUUUUGUAAAAGAUUUCCUUUCUCCGCGAUCCAUAGAAUAAAUCAAUAGAUCUGAACAUGCA